AUGAAAUCAAGCCCGUCAAGCCCGUCCAGGCCACUGGCCUGUAUCAAAAUCGAGCCCGUCAAAAUCAAGCCCAUCAAGGCCACUGGCCUGUCAAAAUCAAGCCCGUCCAGCCGGCUGGCCCAUAUCAAAAUCGAGCCCGUCAAGACCACUAAAUCAAGCCCGUCAAGGCCCGUCAAAAUCAAGCCCGUCAAGGCGGCUGGCCUGUAUCAAAUCAAGCCCGUCAAGCCGCCCGUCAAGGCGGCUGGCCCGUAUCAAAUCAAGCCCGUCAGGCCCGUCAAAAUCAAGCCCGUCAAGGCCACUGGCCUAUCAACCCCGUCAAGCCCGUCAAGGCCACUGGCCCAUAUCAAAAUCGAGCCCGUCCAGGCCACUGGCCCGUAUCAAAUCAAGCCCGUCAAAAUCAAGCCUGUCAAGGCCACUGGCCUGUAUCAAAAUCAAGCCCACCAAGCCCGUCAAAACCAAGCCCAUCAAGGCGGCUGGCCCCCCGUCAAGGCGGCUGGCCCGUAUCAAAUCAAGCCCGUCAGGCCCGUCGAAAUCAAGCCCGUCAGGGCCACUGGCCCGUCAAAAUCAAGCCCGUCAAGGCGGCUGGCCCGUAUCAAAAUCGAGCCCGUCAAGGCCACUGAAUCAAGGCCGUCAAGGCCACUGACCCGUAUCAAAAUCAAGGCCACUGGCCUGUCGAAAUCAAGCCCGUCAAGGCGGCUGGCCCGUAUCAAAAUCGAGCCCGUCAAGGCCACUGAAUCAAGGCCGUCAAGGCCACUGACCCGUAUCAAAAUCGAGCCCGUCAAGGCCGCUGGCCCGUAUCAAAAUCGAGCCCGUCAAGGCCGCUGGCCCGUAUCAAAAUCGAGCCCGUCAAGGCGGCUGGCCCGUAUCAAAAUCAAGGCCGUCAAGGCCACUGACCCGUAUCAAAAUCAAGGCCAUCAGGCCUGUCAAAAUCAAGCCCGUCAAGGCGGCUGGCCCGUCAAUCAAGCCCAUCAAGGCCACUGGCCUGUGGCCCGUCAAUCAAGGCCGUCAAGGCCAUCAAGGCCACUGGCCCAUCAAUCAAGCCCAUCAAGGCCACUGGCCCAUGGCCUGUCAAUCAAGCCCGUCAAGGCUGUCAAGCCCAUCAAGCCCAUCAGGGCCACUGGCCCGUAG